CAGUGACAAAUCUUGUGCCUCAUGAAAACGUCAGGAAUUGGCCAAUGGCGGCGCAAUGUACGGAUGAUGUCCCCUCAAUGCUUUCGUCCUGAAGGCUUUCUUCUAGCAUCCAUCAGUUUUCUUAGUCUACCUUGGAUCAUGAGCGCCUGAGCGAGAGCGUCGGAGCCACGGCACCCUUGCCGCAAGCCGCGCAAACCUCUGAGAGUGUGCUGACGUGUGAAUGUAACAACUUCAUUCGUUGGAUCAUUCCAACGAGUCUAUCAGCGAAGCCAAAGACGGCGACAUAGAAACUGUGUCAUGGACUGAAUGAACCCAGGUAGAUAUAGACACUGGGUGGCCAUAAAAAGGCCACGGAAAUGGCGAAUAUAGUGGCGCACUUCUCAGAUGGCUGCUACCAGGUAUACUCAGAUACUUUGUCGGCUGCGGUCAGUUUAAGGUCGCCGCGGAGAAAUAACCCUAAUCUCGCGCAAAGUUUACGUCAGACUCCCCGGGCAGUAAGCCUCAUCGAGGUCUCAGUACUGAUCGCAUCAUUGAUCCACAGGUUUUAUCCGAAGUUAGAUCAGGAAACAGUUUCUUAAAAUGGCCGCCGGUGCACACGUAUCUUCUGUUG